AUGGCUGACUGUCAACAAGCUAAGAAAUAUCCAAAAUACUUGCAUAACCCCGACUUUGACGACAAAAGCAACACCUCUCUUCACCUGGCCGCAAUACUAGGCAACCUCGAAGUAGUCAAGCUGCUGGUCAGUCUGGGCCAUGAUUCAUGCGAGCCAGAUAUAGCUUUCAUGGACUUUGAUGGGGCCCCCGGAAUAAGUCUGAAUACGGAUUCUUCGACACCGCUUCACCUAGCGGCUGCAAAUUCACACGCGGAUUGUGCGGAUUACCUGGCUACCGUCUUCAAACAUUCUAUCGACUGGCAGGAUAAGAACGGAGCUACGGCAUUAAUGCUUGCGUCACAGGGCUCCAAUAUUUCAAGCCAGACAUCGAAUACAUCUUCAUUGGUACCACCGAGACAAAGACCAAGGGCAUCUUCAUCAGCUUCGAACCCAACUUCGUUCGAGGAUACAAGUACUGUCUCCAAACUUAUUAAACGCGGAGCGUCCUUGACAAUGACUGAUUCAGUGGGCAACACUGUACUUCAUUACGCGAGUGCGUGGGGGAACUUGAAAACGUUUCGACUUCUAGUAUCUGCUGGUGCCCCUCCACUGGCAAGGAACCAUGCUAAAUGUGCGCCAGCUGAUUAUGCGUUGAGUGUUCAGGCUGCGGCGUAUUGUCGGUCUUUAGUGGCUGAAUACGAGCGGGCAAGGAAAGGGCAGUACGAGCAGGAUAAACCGAGCCUGAAAGUUAGAUCGAAUGAUAUCCCUCCAGGCGAUUCCCACUUGUCCCCGAUAUCUCCGGCCAGCGGCCUUAGACCAAAGAUGAGUCUUGAUAGUCAAAGAACCUCCCAGAGUUAUGGAAUUGGAGGCGUAAGAUUGGUCUCACAGGAUGAGAGUGAUCAGGAGAAUGAAUUGAGGCCAUCUGUUUCUUGGAGUAACCCGGGAACACCUAUCUAA